AUGGAGGUAGCGGGGAUCUUUCUGGGGCCGAUCUUUGAGAUGCUGCGUGACAAGUUAUUCUCUCUGGUGCAGUCAAACUAUGGUCGUCAAGAGGAAAUGGUUGCUCAGUUGGAGAAGUUGCAGAAAACGUUGCCAGAGAUUCGUGCUGUUCUGGCAGACGCCGAGGAUAAGCAAAUAACUGAUAAACGGGUUAAAUCAUGGAUGGAUGAUCUCACCGACUUGGUUUACGACUUGGAUGAUUUGCUCGACGAUUUCAACACUCGAACUUUGCGACUCCAGGCAGAAUCUGAAGCUAGCAGUAGCAUCUCUCCUCCUAGUAAGGUACGAAAACUCAUCCAAACUUGUUUCACGCACUCUACUACUCCUAAGCUUGAUAACGAUAUGAUGUCCAAAGUAGAGAAACUCACCGAAAGAUUACAAGGUAUUGAAAUCCGAAAGAAGAGCCUGGGUUUGAAAGCCAGUGUUGGAGGGAUUGGGUCCACCACAGCAGUAUCAGAAAGACGACGGGAAACGACUUCUUUGGAAGACAAAUCUCUCGUUUAUGGCAGAGAAAAGGACAAGGAGGCUAUCCUUCAAUUGUUGUUGAAGGAAGAUGAAUCAGUUAGUGUUUCUGUGAUUCCCAUUGUGGGCAUGGGAGGCAUUGGUAAGACGACUCUGGCUCGACUCGUCUACAAUGAUGAACGCAUAAAGGGUUGUUUUGAUCCCAAGCUGUGGGUCUGUGUUUCUGAUGAUUAUGAUGUUGUCAGAGUUACUAAGGCCAUUCUUGAGGCGUUCACUUCAGACGCUAAUAAGUUGGAGACUCUGAAUAUGCUUCAAAAAAAAUUAAAUGAGAAAUUGUCCGGGAAAAGAUUUCUUCUUGUUUUGGAUGAUGCUUGGAAUGACAAUUAUGCAGACUGGGAUGUCCUACGCCGUCCCUUUAUGCAUGGGGCACCUGGGAGCAAAAUUAUUCUCACAACUCGACUUCGAAACGUUGCAAAAAUUACAUCAACAUUGUGUCCGUCCCAGCUGGCUUACACUCUAAACGAGUUGUCCAAAGAUGAAUGUCUAUCUUUAUUUGCUCAUCAUGCACUCGGGAGACCAAACUUUGAUGCACAUCCACAUCUUAAAGAAAUUGGUGAGAAAAUAGUGAAUAAAUGUAAGGGCUUGCCUUUGGCAGCAAAAACACUAGGAGGUCUCUUGCGCAACGAAUCACAGCAGAGAGUGUGGGAGAAUAUAUCUGAUAGCAAGAUUUGGGAUUUACCCGAACAACAAAGUAAUAUUCUUCCGGCUCUUAGAUUGAGCUAUCAUCAUCUCCCAUCUCAUUUGAAGCAGUGCUUUGCUUACUGUGCAAUAUUUCCAAAGGACUAUGCGUUUGACAAAGGGGAGCUAAUUUUGUUGUGGAUGGGGGUAGGUCUUUUGCCACUGUCAACAGAAAAGAAGCAGAUGGAAGAUUUUGGUAGUGAAUAUUUUGAUGAUUUAUUAUCAAGGUCAUUUUUUCAACAAUCAAGUGCUUUUGAAUCACGGUUUGUGAUGCACGACCUUCUAAAUGAUUUAGCUCUAUAUAUCGCUGGGGAUAUAUGCUUUAUGUUAGAUAAGUUGGUAGGUGAUAAGCAAAUUGAAAUUCCUGGACGAGCUCGGCACUUGUCAUUUCUUCGUCAAAGAUUUGAUGGCCUUCAAAGGUUCAGGCCUACUUAUAAAAGGCAACAUUUGCGAACUUUUCUACAAUUGUUUGGCAAUGGAGCAGACUACUAUUUACAUCCUAGAAGUGACAGCUCAGCAAACGAUGUUUUGCUUGAUUUAAUUUCGAACUUACAAUGUGUAAGGGUGUUGUCUUUGUCUAAUUAUGCCAUAACUGAGCUACCGGACUCGAUUGGUGAUUUAAUACAUCUAAGGUAUCUUAAUUUAUGUGGGACUCCAAUCAGACGGUUACCUGAAUCAGUCAGUAAUCUAUACCAUUUACAAACACUAUUGUUGUGCAAUUGCGAGUAUCUUUGUAUGUUGCCCUCAAACAUUGGAAAUUUAAUUAACCUACGUCAUCUUGACAUAACUAGGACUGGUCUGUACUCAAAGGCUGGUCGAUUUGAUGGGACUGGUCUGUGCUCAGGAAUUGAUAGAUUGACGAAUUUGCAAACAUUGUCCCAUUUCGUUGUGGGCAAACAUAAUGGGCCAAGACUAAAAGAGUUGAAAAAUCUAAGGCUUUUACGGGGAAGUAUUUCUAUUACAGAGUUGCAAAACGUCUCAGAUGUUCAAGAUGCAAAUGAAGCAAAAUUAAGGACUAAGCAGAACAUUGAAGAAUUAAAGUUCGCAUGGUGUGGAAGAAAUUUCAAUGAUUUUCCAAAUGAAAACCUUGAAAUGAAUGUACUUAACAUGCUACAACCUCAUGGAGACUUGAAAAGGCUCAAAAUUAAGUUCUAUGGGGGCACAAAAUUUCCAAGUUGGAUUGGCGAUCCAUCAUUCUCCAAAAUGGUGAACUUGUCUCUUGUGAACUGUCCAAAAUGCAAAAUUUUACCACCAUUUGGGCAACUACCCAACCUCAAAGAGCUAUGCAUUCAAGGAAUGACUGAAUUACAAAAUUUGGGGGUUGAGUUCUGCGGGGAUUGUUUUCCCCCUUUUCCAUCACUGGAGAGUUUGAGAUUUGAGUCCAUGCCGGCAUGGGACGAAUGGGAUUGUUGUAUUGGCGUUGAAGAAGCUGGAAGACAAUUCCCUUGCCUACGGGAGCUUAAAAUAAAUGGUUGUCCCAAGUUGAAUAGGAUUUCACUUUUAAGGCUUCCCUCUCUUCGAACGUUAUUCUUGCGAGGGUGUGAUGAGGCGGUGCUACAAAGUAUUGUUGAUGUGACCUCACUAACUAGUUUGAAUGUUACGAGUAUUACAGGGCUUCUUCAUCUUGAUGAAGCAUUGGUGCAGUACCUGGGAGCACUUGAGAGUCUUACGUUCAGUGGAUGCAACCAACUGGUGGCUUUUUGGCAAAACGGUGGGAGGGUUAGACAGAAAAAUAAUCUUCUCCGUCUAAAGAGACUGGGUGUUUGUUCGUGUCCCCAACUUGUUUCCUUUGGUGAAGAAUUAGAUGAAGGGCUGCCUUGCAUUAAUCUUCAGGAAUUGUAUAUACUUGAUUGUAUGAAUUUUGAGAAGUUGCCAAAUGAGCUGCAUAACCUCACGUCUCUCACAUCAUUGGUGAUAUACAAGUGUCCAAAACUUGUGGAGUUUCCAAAGACAGGUGUCCCACCAAUGCUCAAAUAUCUUGAAAUACAGGGAUGCAAUGCAUUGAAGUCCCUGCCGAACGGCAUCUGUGGUGUUGAACGCUUGAGUAUUUUUUGUUGUUCAUCAUUGAGGUCUUGGCCUACCGAUACGUUACCCACUGCCCUUAAAGUGCUUCAAAUUGAGGGUUGUGUGAAUUUGGAGUACUUCCCGGAGGUGUUAGAGAUGACGAUGAUGCUACAGCAGCAGCAGGAUAUGAAUAUGUCAUCACUUCAAGAGCUAGAAAUCUCGGGAUGGCCGAAGGUUGGAAUGUUACUACUUCGGAAUGGGGGGUGCGUAAAUAAUAUUAAUAAUAAUUUCGCUAGUCUUCGUAGACUUUGGAUACGAUGUUGCGAUGUUGUGGAGUGCUUGUCCUUCUCCGAAAGAGGCUUACCCAACCUCAGUGAACUUGCUAUAAGCAAUUGCGUGAAUCUCCGAUCCUUCGCUGCUACCACCAACCUGAUUCUUCCAAGCCUCCAAUCCCUUGAAAUAAGAAAUUGUGGAAGUCUGGAGUCCAUCCCGGAAGGAGAAGUCUGCUUGUCCACCCCCAAACUCAGAUCGCUUUGUAUCUUCAGUUGUUCAAAUCUGACGUCGUUGCCAAUUUUUGAUCAGAUUCUUCGAAGCCUCGAAACCAUAGAAAUAGAAAAUUGUCCAUUUGUAGAGUCCUACCUUCAAGGGAUUGGGAAUGGGAAUUUGCCCCCCAAUCUUAUUGAAUUUCGUACCACUUAUUCUCGCGGACUCAGAUCUCGUUGACAAUUCGCAAAUAUUGGUGAUAUCCCAGACCCUUGCAUAGGGAAGGGCUGCCUUCCACGCUUCAAAGUCUUCGGACCCAGGACAGAGGAGUUGACAAAAUAUGCGUGCAGCAGGCUAAAAUUUCUUGAUAUUGAAGACGUGUGAAAUUUUUUGGCAAUCUAGGAUGGGUUAGCUACUUGUCUUAAGAUUGGUGAUGAGGCUUGCACUUGCAACCAAAAUCCCAGAGUACCAUCCUCCAAGGUGAUUUGUAGGCCACCAUGAAUUGUUGAGCGUGAUCUUGUUGACCACAGGCGUGAGUGAAUAAUCUGCCAAGCGGGGUUCAAGGGUACCACCUAAAACCACAUUUGAGGAUUUGAGGUGACCAUGAGGCAGAUUUAUGCUUGGAAGCUCGUUAUAAAGGAACCGUUUGAGGCGAAACGAAGCUUGUAGCGAGCUCUACGCAUCCAUACUAUCAAUUUCCAGUUUUGAGUCUUCCUUGGAGCUCGAAUUUGGAGGACCUAUUCUAGGGAUUUCGGCUUGGAUUGUGAGGUCUUGGAAAGGAACUGGUGGAUGACAACCCACCUCAAGCUUAAACGGCGAUAGAAGUCCACUUUUGUAUCUUUGUAUAUUCCCCAUUAUUUUGUAAAACACUAGAAGUGCAAAGAUGUAUAAUUAUUUUGUGGAACUUUGUCAUGUAAUAUGACUAAAGAAUUGAUGAUGUUUUGGAUGGGGAUUUGAUAAUAUGCAACUUGUUGAUGAAUGGAUGGAUAAUCCUAGUUUGAAGCA